AUGGAUCGCAAUUCAAGACGUUCUAAGGGAGUUGGGUAUAUUGAGUUUUAUGAUGCAAUGUCGGUAUCUAUGGCGAUUGCACAUUCUGGUCAGCCUCUUCUUGGUCAACCAGUGAUGGUGAAGCCAUCAGAGGCUGAGAAGAAUCUGGUUCAAUCAACAUCUGUGGUUAGCGGACCAGGUGGGAUGAUAGGCCCAUAUUCUGGCGGAGCUAGAAGGCUGUAUGUUGGAAAUCUCCAUACCAAUAUAAAAGAAGACGAUCUCCGCCAGGUUUUUGGAACAUUUGGUCCUGCAGAACUGGUUCAGUUACCUGUUGACGAAACUAACAACUGCAAAGGUUUUGGAUUUGUGCAGUUCUCACGUCUUGAAGAUGCCAGAAAUGCACUGAGUUUGAAUGGAAAAUUGGAGAUUGCAGGUCGACUAAUUAAGGUUGUGUGUGUUACUGCCUUUCAUUGUCCAAAUGGAUUAUACAGUGUGAUCACUGUAAGGUGUCAGCUGUUACAGACCAAGCUGGAAUGCAAGAUCUUUGAGCAAAUGCUGGUGAUUUUGAUGACGAUGAAGGUGGUGGCUUGUAAGAUAUGCAUUGUCUCUCAAGGCAUUGCAGACAUCAGAACUGCAAAGCCGAGGGUGAUAGUUUGGCAUAGAAUGAGUGUCUGCACUGCAUAA